UGUUAAGUCCAAUGUUCAGUUAGUCGGACUCGAAAGCUCAGUACAGUGAUAUUGAGGUGUUGCACUAAGCAUGGAUAAGAUUUUUUUGACCGAUGCCUUAAGAGGCAUCAUUAAAAUUAAACGAUUAACUAUAGACAAUGCUGUUUUUCGUCUUCAUUAUCGUGCAACAACUUUGCUUUUCAUUACAUUCAGCAUUUUAGUUACUGCAACACAAUUUUUUGGAGAUCCCAUCAGAUGCAUUCAGCGAGAUGAUAUACCUGAGAGAGUCAUCAACACUUACUGCUGGAUUGAAAGUACGUUCACUCUACCAAAAGCCCUUACUAAGAAAGUUGGAGAAGAAGUUGUAUAUCCAGGUGUCGACAAACAUAAAAGCGGCGACGAAGUAAUAGAACACGCCUACUAUCAAUGGGUAUGUUUUGUACUGUUUUUACAAGGUUUGAUGUUUUAUGUUCCUAGAAUUUUAUGGAAAGCAUGGGAAGGUGGUAAACUAACCGAUUUAGUAAUGGAAAUGCAUAAGCCAGUAAUGAAAAAAGAGGAUAGAGAAGACAAAUGCAAGCAAUUAGCAUCAUAUUUCAAUGAUAAUUGGCAUCGUCAUAAUGGUUACGCUUUUCGAUUCUUUAUUUGUGAAUGUUUGAAUUUUGUUAAUGUUGUUGGCCAAAUUUAUCUCGUCGAUAGAUUCUUAGGUGGAGAAUUUACAACAUAUGGUCCUGAUGUUGUAAAAUUCACUCAAAUGAAUCAAGAAGAUCGUUUUGAUCCAAUGAUUAAAGUAUUUCCGAGAAUGGCCAAAUGUACAUUCCACAGAUUUGGUUCAGCCGGAAGUGUUCAAACACACGAUGCCUUAUGUAUUUUACCACUUAACAUUGUUAACGAAAAAAUCUAUAUUUUUUUAUGGUUUUGGAUGGUUAUUUUAGCUAUAAUAACAGGUAUAAAUGUUGCAUACAGAAUUCUAGUUAUUGGAUGGCCACGACUUCGUUUUGUUUUAUUACGAAAUAAAAACAUUAUUGCUAAUAAGAAAGAUAUAGAAGAUAUUAUGAAAGAAAUUCAUUUUGGUGAUUGGUUUAUGCUUUAUUUGCUUAGUAGCAAUAUACACAGCUUACAUUUUCGAGAAUUUAUGUCUAUGUUAGCCGAAAAGAUUAAUUUGAAGAGACUAGAAAAUAAAGGAUUGGAUGUUCUUGAUUCAGGAGAAUUGGGAAGAAGAAAAAAAUCUAUAGAAGCUCUUGAAGGUGCUGCUUUAGUUUAAUUAUCUCUUUCUGUUUUUUCUUUUUCAAACAUUAAUGAAGUCUUAUAAUAAAUUUUUGAGGAAUAACUUCAUUUUGAAUGAACUGAAUGUCUACCAAUGAAAGAUUAG